CAUUGGUCCCUAACCUCAAAUUAAACAACUGAUUGGAUAAGGAUAGUGAAAGGGUGACAUUCAAAAAUUUACAGUUUAAUUUUAUAUUUACGUAAAAUAUUAGUGCCUGAACAACUAGAACUGGUUGAAAAAAUGUAAUGUAUAAACUAAAUUAGAUUUGGAGAUAAACAAUAACUUGACUGGAUUGCUAAUAUAAUGUAAUUUUUAACUGUUGUGUUACAUAUCAUAGUACAGGUAAUACAUUUUAUUUAUUUAAGGAUGUCAGAAGAAAAAAAGAUUUUAUCAGACACGCCGAGGUCGGAAAGACUGUCAUAUAACACAAAAGCAACCCUAUUCCUGACCUCAGUGGGUGGUGCUGCAGCAUUGGCAGCAUUCGGUGCUACCCUGAUGUCAGUCAGGCGAGAAGAUGCAGCAGCCUUUGACAAAGGGAUGGUGAGCACAAGAGAGAUUCCGGAGUCAGGUGUACAGCUGGCGACCCGGGCUCUCAAGUGGGGUUCCUUUUAUGCUGUGUGCGGAGUUGCCGCCAUAAGCGCAGGCAUCUGGUUUCUCUCUGGAGCAUCGAAUAUGGCUGAAUUCAAGGAAAAAAUGGGUUCAAUACUUCCAAGGAUACCUAGAAAUAAUCCUCCUCAGAGCAGAACAGAGUUUGAAGGACUUUCUGAUCUAAUGAACUAUUUAGCAACCGAUUUUUCAAGGAAAACCCCACAAGAUAAAAGUGAUAGUUAAAUAUUUUGCAAACUAAUUUAGCAAGAAAAAAAUUACCUCACAAUAUUCUGUAUUCAUUGUUGUUAAACCAUGUAAUGUUCACGCAAACAGUGAACUUGUUUAAUGGUACCACAAUGCCAAUAAAUUAUAAUGUCUUA